UUGUUUACGAGAUUAAUGAUAUUUUCGGUGCUUAAGAGUUCAAAAACGAAUACGCGCUUAUCACUUGGGCCAUAGAUCGUUUGUGCAAAGAGUUAAACUUUGAUCGCAAUCGCAUAGCUCUUCAACAAAUGCCCGAAUUGCUUUCGUUUCGCACUGAAAUGGCAUGUGAAAAAAUCAAGGAUACCAACUUAUUUAUUGAACUUGUUUAAGCAACUGUAUAUAUAUCUGCAUCAUUUAAUUACAAGGAAAUAUCUAAAUCCAAAUACAUCAUGUCAGAUGGAUCCCCGCCCCCUUCAAUUUGUUUUAUACGCGCUGCUGAAUCAUACCCAAAAUCACAAAUGGAGAAAGAAGACUCACAGCUUUUUGUUCCAUUUCAAGAACUUGCUGGCGAGUCAAUUAAAUAUCUAGGACGAACAGAUGAUGGCGUCCUUGCUUUAUCAAACUAUCGCAUAUAUCUAUCCAAAAAAUCGACCGCUUCUGAAACUUAUGUACCAUUAGGACUGAUUGAAUCGGUGCAAAUGCGCGAUCUAUUCCAUAUGAUGGUUAAUUGCAAAGAUGCUAGCACUGUAAGGUGCUCUUUUCAAUCUGCCGAGCAAUGCUCAGAAUGGCAGCGCCGCAUUCAACUUUCAAUUGGUGUACCUGAAACUUUGGAAACGCUGUUCGCCUUUCCCUUUUACUCCUGGACUUGUGACAUACGAGGCAACAAGGAACGCGCUCCGUCAACCAAUGGCAUUGGCACAAAACCGCCCACAGCGUCGGAGGGUAUGGCAUUGUUAGCGUAUGCCCCUAGUGAUCAAUUGCAGCGAGCGGUUCAAUAUAAUAGUGAUUUCAAGAAUGAAGUUGCACGACUAGGCUUCGAUUUGAAGGGAUCCUGGCGCAUAUCCACUGCUAACAGCGACUUUAAACUCUGUCCGUCUUACCCGCAAAAAUUACUCGUUCCAUGCUGCAUUACAGAUGAUAUGUUACAUAAUAUAGCCAACUUUCGAGGAUCGCGACGUUUACCAGCUGUGGUGUGGCGUCACCAGAAAUCAGGCGCAGUUCUAGCCCGCUGCAGUCAGCCAGAAGUCGGCUGGCUGGGGUGGCGAAAUUCUAAGGACGAGCGUCUUCUUAAGGCUCUAGCUGAAGCAUGCGCUUUUGAUAGGGGCGAAAACGCAAGACGUUCUGCUCAAAAUGCUAAAGACCCGAGUGUGCAGACGAAUUCCUCUGGCAAAAGUUCUCCAUCACUUGAGAAUUCCUCUCAUGAAGAAUUGGCUUUGGAUGAAAUCAGAAAAAUUCUCAUUGUUGACGCACGCAGUUAUACAUCGGCUGUGACAAAUAGGGCACGUGGUGGGGGCUGUGAGUGCAUCGAAUAUUACCCCUGUGCAGAAAUAGAGUUCAUGAACUUGGGAAAUAUACAUGCUAUACGAAAAAGUUUUCAUGCUGUGCGCCAACUGUGCGCUUCAUCACCCGACGAUCCAAGCUGGCUUAGUCAAUUGGAAAAAACAAUGUGGAUGCAGCAUCUAUCUGGCUUAUUAGGAGCCUCAAUGACAGUAGUGCAUGCCAUAGAAAGUAAAGGCCGUCCUGUAUUGGUACAUUGUUCAGAUGGUUGGGACCGGACACCACAAAUUGUAGCAACUGCUCAACUUUGUCUAGAUCCAUACUACAGAACCGUAGAGGGUUUUCGAGUGUUGGUAGAACGCGAGUGGCUUAGUUUCGGUCACAAGUUUGCAGAUCGAACUGGCAAUGGCCCCAACUCGGAUGAGUUGAACGAACGUUGUCCAGUAUUUCUGCAAUGGCUAGACUUAGUACAUCAAAUCCAUCGUCAAUUCGAAUGCAGUUUUGAGUUCAGUACUGGCUACUUGAUAAAACUAGCACAACAUUCGAUGUCAUGCCUAUUUGGUACGUUCCUAUGUAACUCACUGAGAGAACGGAUUGAGAAUUCCGUUUUUGAUCGCACAUUCUCAGUAUGGCCGUUUUUAUCUGAAUCUAUGUACAGAAAUCCACUCUAUAAGCAUGAAAAUGAAAAGGUUCUGUGGCCGGCGCAUAAUGUGAGAUCUUUACAUUUCUGGUCGGAAGUAUACCUUGGAAGCUUGGGCAACAAAAAUGGAACGGAUCUUCCGCCUUUGAAUAAUGAACGUCAAAAUGACCACACAGUUUCUAUGACAAAGACGAGAUCCUCUGGAGACCUCACAUCAAGUGAGUUGGGACAGAGCACCUUAUCGAGAAGGUCUAGCGAUCCCAACUUGACUGUAGAAUUAAAUGUAACAGAUUAUUUAAACCUAAACAGUAGCUCAAUGUUUGAUAUACGAUCUGACGGAAAUGAGUGUGAUACUCAAGUAGUUGCCAAUAGCCAUAAUAGCUCUGAAGACUCAACAAUGGAUACAUGUAAAAAUGAUUUUUCUGAACAGCCAGAGUUUUUGGUAUCAAAAGAUUCUAUACAUAUCGCAUCUAAGUCAGACGCGGAUAAAAACUCUGUCGCUAAUAUAAAACACGAAAUAUCGGAGGCAGCUGAAACAUCACUGGAGUUGGAGUUACCCGCAAGGACCGAUUCCGACAGUUCUCAGUAUUUAAAUUUAAAAAUGGAUAACAAGACAAAUAAUGAUUUUAAAGACAAUGAUGCUCUUUGUGAUUCUCGAAACGAUCAAACCCCUGAAAAAUUCAACAGUCAGAACCUAGUUUGGAAUGGUCCAAUUGACACAAGUACUGACACAUUGAUUGCUUUGGAUUCAAGUCAAAAUCAUAACGAAAGGAAGCCUCCUGUGGCGGAAAUAAAGAAUGGCAUACAUUUGGACCGAACUUCAGGAAUAUCAUCGGAAUCAAUUUGUCCUCAUACAAAUAAAAUUAGCCUAAGUUACAGCAAUUUGCCCAAAGUGCAUGUCAAGCCCAAUACUCUGCGAUAUUUACAACUAGCUAACAAAGGUUGCUCAGACCAAUGGGAUAUCUUUCCACAUCACCUAGAUCUCCAUGUUCCGCGAGAUAAGAAUGGCACAACAAUUAGCUGCAAGGAAGACCAUUUAUCCAAGGAGUUAAAUGGUACUUUGCCACUGGCAGCUGAAAUUAACAACAUAGAUGCUGGAGCUGGUAUUUGUUUAUCGCCGGAGCAUCAUCAUAGAAUGGACUUUCAAACAAAUGCAUUUUCAACAUUCGAGAUAGCCACAGCAGCAAACCAAAUGCAAAGAAACAACACUCUGUCGUCAAAUUCCAGUCGUGAUAACAAUGCGCACUCAAAGUGUGCUGAUAACGGCAGCGCACCUCAUUCGUCUGUCCUAAACUCAUUACCUCCAACACCACAGGGAACACAAGAUAGAACGCAAUUGAUAAUAUCGUGUCCAGACGGCUUGGCCCACGCUUUAAGUGAACAAAACGUAAGACUUCAUCAGCUCGUUCAGGAACACAAGUUACGCGAAGACAUCCUUUUGCGAGAGAUCCAUAGCAUGCGGCUUGCAUUAUUGCACAAGACCUGUCCAUGUUGCAAUAGUGUGAUAUCAACUAAUGUCGAGCAUGAAAAUGGAUUGGAUAUCGUGGAAAACGAUUCGACCUGUUCUUGGGAAGCCGUUGAAGAACGUAGUGGUCCAUCAUCUUAUACUACCUCUUCCUUACAAGAGAAAAAACCUACAAGUGUUCUUUGGGUUCCCGAUCAUGCAGUUUCCCGUUGCUCUAACUGUCAAAUAGAAUUCUGGCUUGGACGAAGGAAACAUCAUUGUCGAUCAUGUGGAGAAAUUUUUUGUGCUGACUGCUCGGAGUUUUGGGCACCAUUGCCUUACGAGAAACUGUUCAAUCCAGUCAGACUUUGCGGUUCUUGCUAUACAGCAGUAACAACACAUAUACAAGAAUGUACCUUUCCCUCUGGCUGUAUGCAGACACCUGAAGCGGCCAAAACCACUUCAAACUCUCCAGAAUAAUUAUUGAGGAUUUUCCGGGCUGGUGCAAUUUCUAAAAGAUCGAGUAUAUAAAAAUGAAUUGUAUAUUUGUUAACACGAUAACUACAAAUAUGUAGACACAGAUGAAAUUAUACAAUUUUGUUAAAAAUAUAUUUGGAUGUAUACACUAUUAAAAAGCUGUAAAUUAAAAGCAAAGUUAAACAAA